CACACACGAACAUACGACAACACACAAAUACAAAUACAUAUUGUAGCUGUGACGCAGCAGCAGCAGCAGAAGCAGCGAAAAAAGCAAAAAGCACCUGCAAAAGCGGCACGAGACCAAGCGACCGGCUCCCAGUGCAGCUGUCAUAGCGCAAUAAGACGACAACAACAACAACUACACGCAAGACACAAUACAACUACAGCACACACAGCCACACGCACACUUGUUGCAGGGAGAGUGUGCGAGAGCAAGCGGGAGAGCAGCAGAGACAACUAAGCGAGAGAACGAGCAAGGGCGAGCGUGUGAGAGCGUGUGUGAGAGAGAGAGCCGCUGACUCUCUGUAUAAAGUGCCUAAGCAGUUGGCUAUCAACGUUCAUUGCCGUCGUACUUACAAGACUCAAAGAUGGUCAAGGAGAAGCCCAACUCAACGCGCAUCUAUGAUAAGGAUGGCUUCAGGAGACGCGCCGCCUGCAUUUGUGUACGCGCCGAGAACGAAGCAGAGGUGCUGCUGGUGACUUCUUCGCGGCGUCCAGAACUGUGGAUUGUGCCGGGCGGAGGUGUCGAACCGGAGGAGGAACCUCCAGUAACCGCUGUGCGCGAGGUGCUUGAGGAAGCGGGCGUCGUUGGCAGCCUGGGACGCUGUUUGGGUGUCUUCGAGAAUAACGAUCACAUGCAUCGAACGGAGGUGUUUGUUAUGAAUGUCACCCAGGAGCUGGACGAAUGGGAGGAUUCGCGCAGCAUUGGACGCAAGCGUCAAUGGUUUACGAUCGACGAUGCCUUGUCACAGCUGGCGCUGCACAAGCCCACCCAGCAGCAUUAUCUGAUGCAGCUGCAGCUCUCGAAGACGCUGGAGAAUGCCAAUACGCCCGGUCGGGUAGUGAAUGCCACGCAUCCGCCCAUUUUGACCAAUGCUGCCUCGGCGGCAGCAUCGCCGACAACGGCAUAAGCUUGAAUACACAAGGAAUUAUCACACACACACACACCCACACACAUAAACACCAACUGUCACACUAAACACACACACUCAACACAUUUUGACAUUUUGGAAAUUUACAAUUAGACAGGCAGUAAACUCAUUAUUUUUCGGUAUGUUUAAAAUCAUUUACCUCUCCCCCCGCUCUCCUCCAUUUGGAAGCACGAGCUUCCUUUUUCUUCGAGUUAUGUUUAAGUCUAGCGCUUCAUUUAUGUUUUUUUAGAAACUGUAUUGAAAACAAUAUGUAUGUACUUUAAAUAAGAGCAAAAACAAAAAACGAAAUUGAUAACAAAAACAUAAGGAAAUGAUACUAAAUUAACGAGAAUGAAACAAACAUAUAAUAAUUUUUGAGCGCAUAGGGCACUUUUUGCAAAAACGAUUACGAAAUACGUGUACUAACAGAAAUUAUAAUGAUAUCUAUUAGAUUUUUCUACUCUUUUUUAUAAUUUACUCAAAAGAACGUCUUGAUUAUUGUAAUAAACAAUUGGAAAUGGCUUUAAAGAAGCGCUAAAAUUGAUUAACCUAUGCUAAGCGGCCUAAACAAUAGUAAUAAACAAAGAGAAAAACAAUAUAUAUAUAUAUUAUAAAAUAAAUGAAAUUAAUAUCAACACACGAGAAGCGAAAUUAAACGAAACAAUUUCGUUGUAAAUCUGCCACAGUUAAACAAUUUCAACUUUGUUUGCAGAUCCUUAGCGAACUAAACUAAUAUAAUUAACAAACGUUGCCUAUGCAAAAAGAUUAAAAAAAAUUAAAACACAAAAUAUAAAAAAGAAAUAAAAAGAAUUAUAGGUUAUGCCGUAUGUGAACUUAAAAGUCUUGCAGCGCAGCCAUAACAAAAACGUUAACUUAUUGUAAUAAAAAAAAUUUGAAAUUAGUGAAACCAGAAAACAAGAUUAAUACAUAACAAAAAAGAAAACAACUAAUUAAACUAUAUACUAACAAUAAGUUAUGUGCACGCUGUACUUUUCAAAAAUACAAAGCAAACAACAAGAAAAAGAAAAUCGAUAAAAAAAUAUAUAUAAAUAAAAACGAUAAACAUAUAAAAAGAAAACAACAACUUAAAAUGUCAAUGUGAUAAAAGCUAAUCAACACUUUUAUGUAACUCUUUUGGAAUACACUUACUUUGGGCACAUUCAAAGACAAAGCAAAAUUUUAAUUCAAGUUUUAACGCUCAAAAUUGAUUGAUUUUCAAUGAAAUUUCGAAAUAAGUUGCAAAAGAUCAGAAAGGCAUGCCACAAAUUGUUGCAAAUUCAAUGAACAAUUUUUGAAUGGAAAGUCAAA